AUGGACACCAAGACGCAGAGCCUUCCCAUCACCCAACCCCAGCCCCAUAGCAACUCUCGGUCCCAAAGUCACAUCCGCAGCCAGGGCAGCUGCAGCCACCACUGUCAGGCCUGCAGCCAGGACUGCCGUCGGAGCCAGAGUUGCAGCCAGAGCUGGAGCUCCAGCCAGAGCCCGCCCAGCCACCGCAGCCUGGGCCACCAAAGCCAGAGCCCAAACCCUCGCCUGCCACCGAGGCACCCCAAAAAGACCAUGUACUCCCACCACUCUCCCACGCGGUCCACUGUCCCUUGCAGCAGCUACUCCAAGAACAGAAAGACUCGGGGAGGAAAGGUGAACAAGAGGAAGGUCAAGAGGAACCGGCAGGCGUACAAAACGAAGAGGCGGAGCUCAGGCCUUCAUGCAGGUGGGCAAGGGCCACAGGGCCCCACAGAUGAGGGGAGCAGCCCAGUUGGGCCUUGGAGGGGCAGUGAAGUGAAGGCUCUGCCUCAAAGCCAGGUCACAGAGGAACCAGGCAAGGGCAAGGAGGGGGAAAAAGAACAGCAGUGGGCUAGUUGAAUGUGUGAUGUGUUGAUGGACCGGUUCUUCAGAUAAACUGGGUCCAUGACUUGGGGGAUGGUAGACUGGACAGACAGAAGGUGAGGUAGAUGGAAGUAUGGAUGGGUGGGUGGUGGCUGGGGGAUGACUGGGUAGAGAAAUUUUUAGAAGAUGGUUAGGUAGAUGGAUUAUAGAAAGGUUAAGAUGGUGUUCCAGGUGGGUGGAUAACACAUAUUAGUUGGAUGAGUAGAAAGUUGAAUGGAUAUAUGAUUGGUUGGCUGGAUGCAUAAAUGAAUUGGAUUUGAUGUAAGCUGGCUAGAGGAAUUGGUUGAUUGGGUAAAUCGUUGACUGGAUGAUUAAUGGGAUAGAUACGGUUGGAAAGGAUGUUGGUUGGUUGAAUGGAUGGUGAAUUGGACAUGCAACUGUACAGGUGGAUGUAACUGUAUGAGAAGAGAUGCUUGUUUGGCCUGGAGUGGAUGGGAUAAUAGUUGAAUUGAAUGCUGGAUAAAUGGAUGGAAUGAGUGAAUUAAUGGAUGGCUGAAUGAUGAAUGUGACAAAUAGAUGGAUAAAUGGAUGGAUUCACAUAGGUCAAAAGGACCUUGAGGACUUACUCCCACGUCCCAAAUUCGAUUACAAAUGAGCACUCCAAGACCCAAAAAACCGGGUUAAGUAACUUCAUGAAGCACUCAGCUAUAAAAGGACCCUUUUCCAUUCCUCUUAGGGCGGAAAUACAACUGAUGAAAUGGUACCCCAAGCCUGUUCCUGUGUCAGGUUCAUCCAAAUGAGAAAUGCCACCACAUGUGGAAUGCUAGAAGUCAAUCUUACUGCAGGAACAUGUUACUAUGGUGAUUUCUAUGCAACAUGGAUUAAAGCUUGUACACUGGAAGACUAACCUUCCUUUUGUGUCGGCAUUUUGAUUUCACUAAUAAAGGUGUUACGUAUUUAGGGGCCCAGUUUGGAAGCAAAGGAAGCAGAGUUUAAGGGGCAGGGACAUGCCUAGUGACGAGACCUCAUGAAAGUGUACGGAGCCAAUGCCAGCACAGGGGCAGAAACGCACGGGGAGGGGUGGAUGGAGAUGACAAGAAGCCUUCAAAGCGGACAGGCAACACUGCUUGUGUGGGGUCCUCUUUGCCCAAAUGCUCCCAUCUGCAUACACACACAUACACACACACACACAGGAUGCCCAUAUGCUAUUUAUGUGGUCCAUAUUCAACAGCAAGCCCAAGAGCAUGGCAGCAGCUUCUAUUCUCUAGAUGGGCAGAAAGAAGGGUUAGAAAUGUGCAUUUUGCAGCCCAGGAUCAGUUUCCUUGCUAUGUGACCUUGGGGUGGUGAUCAACCUCUCUGAGCCUCAUUUGUUCCUUCUGUAAAUUAGUAGUAUUUUACAUCAAAGCUGCUAUUUCCACAAAUCUUUAAGAGGCUAAGUGUGUUCUCAAAGUUGUGCAGGGCUCUGGGGACAGACAUAAAUAGGACAUGCAGGACCCUGCCCUCACGGAGCUUGCAGUCCAGAGAAAAAACAUGAGAAACUCCACAAACUCGUAAACACAAGGCUUUUGGCUCACACUGAGUCCCAGCAAGGGAGCAGGCGGGGCUGGGGAGGGAGAUCAGAGAAGGCCCUGUGGAGAGCUAAGGGUAGAAUGCUCCAGACAGAAGGAUCAGCAUGUGCAAAAGAGCCAAGGAGGGAAAAAGCUUGAGGUGCUCCAGGAGAUGGCCAGAGUAGCCAGAACAGGGUAGGUGGGUGCAGCACACAGGGUGGAAGAGGCAGGUGCCAGAUCACACAUACGGGAGGAGCUUGGACAUUAAUCUGGGUGUGAUGAGAAGCCACUUGGGAGUGAAAUGAUCUGGCAUGUAUUUUUAAAGACAGCACUGGCUGCUGUGUGGCGAGUGGGUUGUAGGGGAUGGGAAGGGGCAGGAGGAACAGUUAGCAGGCCAUGGCCACAAGAGAACAGUGGCCUAGACUGGGAGUGGGGUGGCACUGGAAAGCCUCUGAGACAGAUGGGCCAGAGCGAGCGAAUUCUUCCCAAGAUUAUGCCCAGAGCCCUGCCUUCCUCAUUCCUCCUUCAGCAAACAAUUACCAAGCAUCACCUUGCACAGGCACUGGGCUCAGGCCCAGGAGGGAAGACAAAGGUGAGCUUCCCAGGGAGUUAGACAGAUGCAUACAUAAAUAACUCUGUGUUAAAUUUAGUCAAAAACACACCUCAGCUUUCUCAUCUGUGAAGUGGCGUGCUCACUGGCUGGCUGGGAGGGUACAAUGGCAUCAUAAUGUACACUGUCAUCUAGUCCCGGUGCUAUGCAUAUAGUAGGACAAGAUGAACCUUUGCUGUUACAGAUUGAAUUAUGCCCCCCAAAAUGUGCUGUCUUAGUCAUCUAGUGCUGCUGUAACAGAAAUGCCCACAAGUGGAUGGCUUCAAC